AUGCUCUCGUGGCUUGGGCUUACCUUGCUGGGCUUCACUGCCGUCAGCUCUUUCACAGUUCAUCAACACUCUGACAGCAGUGAAUGUGUGAACCUUCAAUGCCCAGAAACAGCUUUUGAUUAUGGAGUUAAGAAUCUUGUUAAUGAUGAAACUAUGAAAUCUGACCAAUGCACUUCUUGCUCACAGUGUACUGAAAAUGGAUACAGCUUAUGUCUAAGACAGAAAGAUUCACGUGCUCAUCGUACAGCAACAGAAACUACAGGCUUCUGCAGUUGUGCUCAUUCAGUUCCAGCUAAUUGUCACAAUCAACUUCAUAUAUCUACUCACCCAGCCAACAUUACCAUGAAGCUUUACAGCUUGUGUUAUCAGAGCGCCAUCCAAGCUCCACCAAAGCCAUUGGCUGUUAAUGACAAAGACAGUGUCAUCGUCACAGUCGAAGCAUUCUGGCAUGAACCAUACUGGAGAGAAAUGCAAUUGGACAACCUCACACUAACUUCUGAAUUCGUUGUUAAGACACCAGAAGAUUGUGAGGAAGGAGAAGUUAUCACAUUGGAAUCGGAUCACCAUGAACAUUUAUGCAAAAGAUCCGUUAACAUCCAAAUGACAUCGCAACCCGAAGGACAUGCUAAGGACGAUGACUACGAGCACAGCGAGAAUUAUGAUCAGUAUGAUGAUGAUUUACCACCAGAGGUCCAAUUUGAUCGCGACGUAUUUGCUGGAGCGAAGCUUCUGCAGGCAUAUUAUACGGUUGCUGUAAGACGUCCACGCCAACUUGACACGAAGAGCAGCGAUCCAUUCCGCGACGUCACAACGACAUUGGAGUCAGAGCAUUUGAAAUUUGAUUUGAAACCUGAGAUUUAUGGGGAAGGAACUUCAGAACUUCCAGAAAGCAAGAAAGAAGUUGAGACAGCCGAUGAUGACGAAGAUGUCAGCUCAGAGAGCCCUUCAGUCGGAACUGACUUCUUCGAGGAUGGAAAGAAUGAAAAGGAUACCAAGAGUGAAGAAGAAACCGAGAAGGAAGAAGAGAAGUUGGAAAAAGAAAUUGAGGAAGACGACAAGAAAACAACCGAAGAAGGUGAUGAUGAAGAAGCCACCACAGUUGCCGAUGAUGAAGAUAAGAAUGAGGAAGAGAAGGAUGCUGAUGAAGAAGCUACAACUGAAGAAUCUGAAAAAGAUGGAGAUGACGAUGAAGACAAAGAAAAUGAUGAAGAAAAAGAUGAAGCUGCAGAUGAAGACGAAGAUGAGAAGAAAGAUGAUGAUGAAAAUAAUGAAGAUGAAGACGAAGAUGGAGAAAAGAAGGAAGGAGACGAUGAAGAAGAAGAAACUACAGCUGAAGGAGAAGAAACAACUGAAGAGAGCGAGACUGGAGAGAACAAAGAGGAAGCAGAUGAGAACGCUGAAGAUGAUGAAGAAGAAUCCGAUGAAGAAAAAGGAUUCUUCUCUGCUUUUAUCAAAGAUCAAUAUCAUUUGGCUCGAUGGGUCUUCGGAAUUACAAUUGCUUCCUGUGUCAUUCUUAUUGUUUGUACUUGCUGCUACAGACGAGGAUUGUGCUGCUGUAAGCCGAAUGAAACAAAGACAACAUCAAACGGAUGCCGUUAUACCAAUGCUAAUCGCCCUGAAUUGGCGCCUCUUACUGCUGAUCCUGAUGUGUUGCCAGUGAGUGAGAGUGAACAACGAAUGUUCAAAGAUAUUCUUAUAAGAUCUGAAUCAUUGAACCCGGCUAAGCUUGAAAUGGGUUCAACUAUAGGAAAUGGACGUUUUGGUGUUUGGAACAGAGCUCUUUUCAAUUCUUUCAAUGGUUCCGUAUUGGAUGUUGCUGUUUACACCAUAAGAAAUCCUAUGGAGUUGACUCCUACUGAUUUCCGAGCAUUAGCUUCUGCAUUGAAAGAAACUGUCGUCGUUGGCAUUCAUCCUAAUGUUUUAUCGUUGAAAGCCGCUCAUCUUGACAGAAAUGCAUUGACUCUUCUCUGGGAGCCAAUAUCUCAUCCUACCCUGCAAGGAGUUCUUCGUGAAAGCCGUUGUUCCCGUUUCGGAAGUUCACCAUACAAAGCAGCCUCCUUUCUCUCCCCUGAACGCUUACUGUCCAUUAUGAUAGGCUGCGUGACAGGAGUUGACCAUUUGUUGAAACGAAACAUCUUCCACAAUCAUUUGGCUACAGCUAAUGUUCUAGUGGCCGAGAGAGGUCAAGUGAAGAUUUCUGGCUUUGGACUGGCUGAAACAGCUGUUCUAUGCAGAGAACAUGAAGCUAGACCGAAUCCUUUACGAUGGAUGUCUCCCGAACACUUCAGAAGUGAUAGAAAACCGGCAAAAGAGAGCCAAAUAUGGUCGUUAGGAGUUCUACUCUGGGAAAUCAUUUCAUUAGGAGCAACACCAUAUGCGAAUGUCAGAACAUCUCGUGAAAUCAUAGACAGUCUACGUGAUGAGACAGCGAAACUAGCCGAAGUUCAAUAUUGUGGAACGGCUAUAAUGGAUUUAAUCUAUUCAUGCACUUCACACGAGCCAUCUGCUCGUCCUGAUCCCGACACCAUUCUUCGACGGCUAGAAUGUAUUGCCGCUGAUGCUCAGCAUCACAUCGAUUUACGAAUGAAAGAAAACUUCCCAUAUUUAGCUGUCUGUACUCAGAUUGAACAACAGAAAGUUAUUUAA